CUCGCAUGCCAGGAGCUGCGCGGGCAAGACGUGGAUUCGCUGGAACUGAGCCCCGUCAGCACUCAACAAGGCAGUCCGCAGGUCCUCAAGCUGGCCCUGAACGCCGCGUGCGUGGCCUCGUCGGACGCGGGCGCCCUGGACUGCAUCGCCUGCCUGGAGAGGAAGCUCGUGGGGAAUUGGACGCAAGGGGAGGACUCUUGGGCCACCGCGGAUAAGAUCAACGCGCAGGGCAUCGUGGAGGCCGAGAAGUACUGCGCUUCGCAGAACUCCUCCUUUUUCGCCCCUCAGUUUCAGAGCUGCAUCGACAACACGACGUUGAGCAGUCCACCGACGGCGAACGAGACGACGACCAUCAUCAAGUGCCUCAUGUCUCGGGCCAAGCUGAGCAUCGACUUCAACUGCGCCGUGAAGAACGGGCUGAACGGGAUCGACCCGUCGACCGCGACCGAGGCGACGCUGUUGGCGUACAGAAACUGCAAGAUGGAGAAAUGGCGAAUCGCCACGGACGUGACGUCCUUGACCCUGCCGAACGAGGAGGAGAUGCUGUCGCUGAUCUACGUCCAGAAGGUGAACCUCCUCAAGACGGUGACCCAGCAGGUGGGGAUGGAGGCCGGAGGGGUGGCCCCGGCCCCGUCGGCGGGGGACCUCGGCCUGCUGCCGCCGGACAACUCCCUGCUGGGGAACUCGAAGAUCAGCCAGACCCAGCUGGACAACGCGAUGAAGUUCCUGAAGGACCUGGCGAGCGAGCACGGGGUCUCGGUGAAUCAGAUUAUAAACGCCGAUGCGUCCGUCCGGCAGGCGAUCGAUCAGGGGCCCCAUGCCGUGGUGAGCCGUGGCUUUGGGAGCGAUUCCCUGUCGCAUACAGGCUGCUCACAGGCCCACUAUUUUGAGAUUACCUCAUCGCGCUUAUGGGUGGAAGGGGUACCCAGGAGCACGGAAAUCCUGGUGAAUGGGGCUAAGAGGCUGCAACAACUGGCUCCAGCAGUGGGAGGAAGUUCUAACGAGGUCUCUGAUAAGAACAGCCUAAUAGAGAAAAUGAUUUCGGCGAAAGAUUUGGAGGAUGAAGAGAGUGAAGAAAAGCGAAGCAAGACGCAAAAGUUUAAGUCUGGUAUCUUUCUUCGCUCCGGAAUCGACGGGAAUCUCGUGAUCGACCAAGUACUCGUACAGGAUUCGUUGAACAUGUUUCGAGGAGAAAACGAACUAGCAGAGACAUCCUCGAGAGGCUCACACUUGCUGCAAGAACAUCCACUCUUAAGCCAGGGACAGUCGAAUCGCUGCAACUCUACUCCUCCCUGGCUUGGGAAGAUGACAAAGGGGAUCGACAUCACGGAACUGGACAUGACGCCUUUUGACUUCGCCUUUCCUGAUGGCUUCAAACUCCCUCUCUUCGAUUUCACAUGCGAACAAGGCAACAAGAUCGUCCUGAACCAGACAUACGUCCUUCAUUAUGAAUCUUCCCCUCAGACCGAGUACCAGCUACCAGACCAGAUAUGGGCUAUGACACCUGUUCCAGGGGGCUGGUUCUCAUCCAAUGUGGAGAUCUUCAAAUCCUAUCAGGAAGUGAAGCGCUCCAGGUCGACGGAGGUUGGCGCCAAGGGGGGAAUUUUCGGGUUCGGUUUCUCUGCCAGUCGCUCCUAUAUGUACAUGCAGGACACAAUCACCAACCACUCCCGUUAUAUCGAAGAGGUGUCUGCCUUCGAAACGGCCGUACGAGCUGACCUCCACCCAAGUUGGAUCAUCCAGAUGAGCAAGAUGAUAGACAAGUUCGUUGAAGGCCGGCUACAGAAAAAUUUUACCGAAGAUCCGGGUGCAUACGAGGAAUUCAUAGAUAACUUUGGCACCCACUAUUUCAAGACUGCACGUUUUGGAGGAUUCAUCAAGCUACUGCUGGAGACCAAAUCGGAAUACUUUAAGAACGUAACGGACGAACAAGUGAAGACCGAGGCCGGCGCUUCUUUCCUGAAACUUUUAUCCCUGAAGAGAAGUAUAUUCGCUGAUACGACGAAACUGGACGCGAGAUUUGAACAGAUGACACGAAAGACAAUCAGAAAAUGGUAUGAAGGCCUUGCCCCAUCCCCUGUACUCAUCGGGCCAGGCACCCAACGACUCUUGGUCGUGUCCUCAGAACUCGAGGAUUCGUCACAGAGUAAGAUGUAUGACUCCCGACAAGCCUGGAGUACUGCAGUUUACCAGCAUAUGCUUCCUCAGGUGUAUUACGGCGGAGAUGUGAAAUUCAAUUCCACCAAUAACACUCUCCAGGAUUGGCAGCCGACAGUUUCGAAAAAGCCUUGGCUCUUUUCUGGUGAGCUGGAGCCCAUUAGCGACCUCCUUCAGGAGGAAAGUAAGAGGAAUUCCAUGGAACAGGCCGUGAUGAACCACGUUCUGCAUGCAUACGUGGAUGAGCUUGCCAGAAUCGUGAAGGCGGUUCCACCGCAUUGGCCUGUUGGACUCAAGAAGCUCAUGUCCUUGCAAGAUGAGAUCGCCUCUCUUCAAAGCAUUCGCAUCCUGGAAGAGACAAAGGUGAAACAGGUCGCAGCGGCGGUGGAAGACCAAGUGGAAAUUCCUGCUUGGUUCACGCGGUGGGUGCGAUUGUGCUUCCGUUGGGAAUCGAAUGGGCCAGGCGAGUGUUACGCUCAUGGGGGAGUCCAACAACUUUGCGCCAAUCCUGGUAUGAUGACUGCUGAUUUUACGGAUUCCACCAAGAGCGGUAAGGGAUGCAAUAUGACCUGGGGAAUCCUAUCCGAAUUCGAACCGGACUGGUUUAAAGAAGUCCGGUUCUGCUUCCGUUGGUCCAGUUGCGGUGAUUGGAGCCAACCCAACUGGCAAACCUGUGGGAGAGACAUCGAUCCUCCAAUCUGCGCACCAGUAAAUAAUUGGACCCAAGUCUAUCUAGACAACUCAAGUAAUUCAAAGACAUUUCGUGUUUCGUGGAGUCUGCUCGUCCCCAAUACUGCCCCCAUCUGGCUUCACAACAUCAAACUCUGCUUCCGUGGUGAUGGUUACUGGGAUCCAAUGGGUAAACCUAACCGUGAAGCAUGCGCCAUUGCCAACGAGUGGACUCCCUAUCGUCACGACGUAUCUUCUCCUGGUUAUAACUCCUUCAUUUUGAAUUGGAGUCUUAAAAUGGAAUAA